ACCAUAAAAAUAGAAUUACGGUAGGUCACGUAAAGCUUAUGAAAAGUGAAAACCAUUUGUUUGGCUUUGAACUUUUGGAGUGUAGUAUACUUAAUAAUUAUAUAACCAGUUAAAUUAUACCGUUGGCGAAAGAUAAAAUAUGAGCAACGUCAUAAGUACUGUUGUGCCGAUUGCCAUUGGUGUCGGAGUUGUUAUAACAUCGAUUGUUAUAUACAGGCUCUAUUUUUCCAAUGGAAAGAGUUCCAAAGAAAAGGAAUCGAAAAAGCAAAGUAAUGAAUUGGUCACAUUGCAAGAUCCCCAGGUGAAAUAUGCACUACCUCUAGUAGAAAAAGAGGAGAUUAGUCACGAUACUAGGAGAUUUCGGUUUAAACUGCCCAGUAAAGGUCAUAUUCUUGGCCUCCCUGUCGGCCAACACAUCCAUUUAUCAGCAAAAAUUGGAGAUGACUUAAUCAUUCGCUCGUACACGCCAGUAUCGUCCAAUGAAGAUCGCGGUUACGUUGAUUUAGUUAUAAAGGUUUACUUCAAGAAUGUUCAUCCCAAGUUUCCCGAAGGUGGGAAAAUGUCUCAACAUUUGGAAAGUUUAAAGAUUGGCGACACAAUAGACAUCCGUGGCCCUUCUGGACGACUAAAUUAUCUAGGAAAUGGUAAAUUCUCGGUGAAAAAGCUUCGCAAAGACCCACCACAAACGAUUACCGUAUCGAAAGUUGGAAUGAUAGCAGGUGGCACCGGAAUCACUCCAAUGCUGCAGUUGAUUCGUCACAUCGUUAAAGAUCCGCAAGAUACAACCAAGUUAUCUUUGUUAUUUGCUAACCAAUCAGAAAAGGACAUUUUAGUGAGAAAAGAACUGGAGGAAGUUGCAGAAAACCAUCCAGAUCAAUUUAAGCUGUGGUAUACUUUGGAUACAACCCCUGAGGAUUGGAAGUACAGCAAAGGAUUUGUUAACGACAAAAUGAUUCAAGAUCACCUCUUCCCACCUGCGUCUGAUACUUUAAUAGUAAUGUGUGGCCCACCUCCUAUGAUUAAUUUUGCCUGUACCCCUGCCUUAGAUAGAUUGGGAUAUGAUAAAGAUCUUUGCUUUGCAUAUUAAAUAUUGUCAGCAGCAAAAUGGUUAGGUAGUAUUAUACGAGCGAGUAUACGAGUGACUUCAUAUAAUUCCAUUCUGUUUACUGUUUUUUUUAUGUUUAUACUUUACAGUUUUAUUAAGUUAUGUAAAUUGUUUUUGAAUAAACGUUUUUAUUGUAA